AUGUCUGAAUAUACGUCUAAUUCUAAUUCUGAUUUUGAAGAAUUGAUUCGACAUCUUUCCGCAAUGACUGCGCCUUCCGCAAUAUUAGUCACGUUGGACAAAAUCAUGAGACCUUUACAUUUAAGAAAAUAUUUACAACAAAAUCAUAACCAACUUACAUGGAAACAAAGAAUCAACAUAAUUCAAAACAUAAUCUAUGCAGUUUUGCGCCUUCAUCAAGAAAAUUCUAUACAUAGAGAUUUGCAUUCAGGAAAUAUAUUAUAUUCUGAUCAUAGUGGUGGAUGGUAUAUUAGUGAUUUUGGAUUUUGUGGCCCUGCUGAUAAACCAUUAGAAAGUAUAUAUGGAAAUCUUCCUUAUAUAGCGCCUGAAGUUAUUAAUGGAAAAGGAUAUACUUUUGCAUCAGAUAUUUAUAGUAUUGGUAUGCUCAUGUGGGAGAUUUCAUCUGGACAACCACCUUUUGCUUAUUUUGACCAUGAUUAUGAUCUUGCAAUAAAUAUAAUAAAAGGAAUGAGACCACAAAUCAUACAAGGAACUCCAACAGAAUAUAAAAAUUUAAUGAACAAUACUCGACUUGAUCUAACCAGAUUUAGAUUAGAAUUUAUUUUCAGAAAUUCUUUUUCAUCUGGAAGCAUUAAGAAUUAUGCUCGUUCAGAAAGUCUAUG